CCAGAGGUGAUUGUGCUAAAACAGUGUUUCCCAACUUGAUCCUCAGGGGGCAAAAACGCGGACUGUCUGGGGUUCCCCAAGGACCGGGUUGGGAAACACACCAUUUCAUCCAAAGGAAAUAUAUGUUGAAGCUGUAUGAGUUGAGCCCAGCAGCAUGAGAGAAGCCAUGGCCGGCUCGGAGCUGUCGGUGGCGGCUCGGCCCAGCGCCCAGCUCGACGUGCCGAGCUUCUUGGACACCCUGGGGCUGGAUAAUAGCACGGCGAAGCACUGCUAUGGCGCACACUCCCGCAGCAGCGUCCUGGAGGGCCUGCCCUUCGGUGGGGUGCCUACCGUGCUGGCCAUCAACGUCGUCAUGUGGCUGCUUCUUCUGUUGAUCUUCUCCUGUCUGCGCAAAGCGGCCUGGGAUUACGGGCGUCUGGCCCUGCUGAUGGACAACGACAGCCUGACGUCCCUGUUCUAUGGGGAGCAGAGCGAGAAGGAGAAGUCCCCAUCCGAGUCCAGCCCCUCAGACACAGAGAACAAGGACGUGGGCUUCUGCUCCUGGCUGACAUCCCUCUAUCAUAUGAAGGACGAGGAGAUCCGGAGCAAGUGUGGCAUCGAUGCCACCACGUACCUGUCCUUCCAGCGCCACAUCAUCCUGCUGAUGGCAGUGGUCUGCCUGCUCUCUGUGGCCGUCAUCUUGCCUGUCAACAUCUCCGGAAGCCUACUGGAUGACAGCCCUCAGAACUUUGGUAGAACGACAGUAGCCAAUAUUCCUGCAGAGGACAGUUUCCUGUGGAUGCAUAGCAUCUUUGCCUUGCUGUACUUCAUUAUCACCUCUGUGUGCAUGGCACACCACUCGUCACGACUGGAGUACAGGGAGGAUGAGAGGGUGGCCCGAACUCUCAUGAUCACCGGCAUCCCCAGGGAGAUCUCGGACCCAAGUCUCAUCACCAAGCACUUCCAUGAGGCCUACCCCAGCUGCACUGUCACAGACAUCCGAUUCUGCUACGAUGUGCGCAAACUCAUGAAGCUGGACUCAGACAGGCGGAAGGCGAUGAAGGGCCGGCUGUACUUCACUGGCAAGGCCCAGAAAGAAGGACGCAUCAUGAUCAAGACUCAUGCCUGCGGCCAGAUAUUUUGCUGUGACUUUUGUGGAUUUGAGCAGGUUGAUGCAGAGCAGUACUACAGUGAGCUGGAGGAGAAGCUGACGGACGAGUUCAACGCGGAGAAGAACCGGAUCUCUCUGAAGCGGCUGGAUAUUGUGUUCGUCACGUUCCGGGACGAGAGGAUGACUGCUGUCAUCGUGAAGGACUACAGCCGGACCCGUUGUCGCCGGAGACCCCAGCAGUCCAGCAUCACCACCAUAGUCCGCUCCCUCAAGUGGGGGGUGGGUUAUGCCCCCGCCCCCAGCGACAUCAUUUGGGAGAACCUGUCAGUGCGCGGCUCCUAUUGGUGGUUGCGCUGCCUCCUGCUCAACAUCUUCCUCUUCCUGCUGUUCUUCUUCCUCACCACACCAACCAUCAUCGUCAACACUAUGGACAAGUUCAACGUCACGCGUCCCGUGGAGAGCUUGCAGAAUCCGGUGAUCACACAGUUCUUCCCCACCCUGCUCCUGUGGGUCUUCUCCGUGCUGGUUCCCUUCGUCGUUUACUACUCGGCUUUCUUCGAGUCCCAUUGGACCAGAUCGAGUGAGAACCAGAUAACGAUGCAUAAGUGCUUCUUACUGCUGAUCUUCAUAGUGCUCAUUCUGCCAUCGUUGGGUCUCCUUAGCUUGGAGGUAUUCUUCAGGUGGCUCUUUGACCGCAAGUUCCUGGAAGAAAAAGUUGUGAAAUUUCAGUGCAUGUUCCUCCCUGACAACGGGGCCUUCUUCGUUAACUACGUCAUCACCUCCAGCCUGAUGGGCACGGCCAUGGAGCUGCUGCGGCUGCCAGCGCUCACCGUCUACGCAAUGCGCCUCUGCUUUGCCAAGUCCGAGGCCGAGCGCAUCCACGUCAAGAGGAACCAGGCCUACGAGUUCCAGUUCGGCCUGCAGUAUGCUUGGACCAUGUGCAUCUUCGCUGUCAGCAUCACCUAUAGCAUCACCUGCCCCAUCAUCACGCCCUUCGGUCUGCUGUAUGUGGCCCUCAAGCACAUGAUUGAUCGCUACAACAUCUACUACGCCUACGUCCCCACCAGGCUCAGCCAGCACAUCCACUACGCCGCUGUCAGCCAGGUCAUGGUGGCGCCCAUCCUCUGCAUGCUCUGGCUGCUAUCCUUCUCCGUGCUGCGACUGGGCCCGUUCCGGCCGGUCACCCUCUUCACCUUUGUCUCGCUGCUGUGCUGCAUCGUCUUCUCCCUCUUCGGCCUGUGCCUGAGGAAACUGAGACCCCCCAAACCCACCAGCUACCAAAUGUCUGACCAGCCCACGGAGGGCGUCUUCAGUGACACGGAGAGAGGCAGCCUUUCAUCGGUGCCCAACCCCAACCUUUUUGUAGCCUCCGUGCUGCAGGAGCCCGAGCUGGGUCUGACUCCUAUGGCGUCUCCGGCCCACCAGAGCUACGGUGCCAUGGGGAACCGGCGGGGCUCCUCGCGCGGGGGGGGUGAAGAAGAGGCGCAACCUCAGACUUACGAGACGGAGCUGCAGGACCCUCCCCCCGAUCCUGAGGACCCCUUUGCCUCCAGUCCCCUCAUGGACAGCCAGCUGGGCUAUCAGUAACGUCCCACUCGCCCCCCGCGCCCCCCUGCUCCGAGCCACACGCGUGCCCCCUCUUCCACAGCCGCGUAACUCCAGGCUUAAAAAAGCCAAAGCAGCAAAACAAAGAGAGAACGAGCAUUAAUCCAGAAUGUUCCUCUGCCCAGUUCAGCUGCCUGAAAGCCUCGGACAUAGAGUUUGCUGGCCAGACCUUCUGCUGGACCUCUGUGAGAGCUCUCGAACCUUGGGCUCCAGAUUUCUGGUACUGCGGUUGAUGCAGGUUGGAUGGAUAGAAGGAAGGAGAUCGGGCCUGGCCAAGAUUAGGACAGAACCAGAAGAUAUGGUGGUGUGCAGCCCCAGAGGACCAGGAGCAGAAAUAAACUGACCAUGGGGAGAAACAUCUCAGAGCGUCCACCUUCUGUCACUGAGAGUCUGGCUGCAUCUCAUAUGGCUUCGUGCUGCACUUCCUUACUUAUUUGCAAAAACGUUUCCCCCCAGCCUUGUGAAGCUUGCCAUAUGAGGCCACAGGAGGUGGGGGGGGUGUUAGGAGUGAGGGGAUCCCAAGCAGUUUCAGAGUUUUGCGACACCUCCAAGGCGACUCCAAGGGCUCGCAAAGCCAUCUGUGGUGAGAGAACAUGACAGUGCUGUAGGGCAGAGUGCAUCUGGGGACCGGAAUGUUCUCUCCAUGUCGCUGUGCAGAGGGCAAAGGAACACAGCUAAAAAAAAUCCCCCAUUGCUCUCUAAACCUUUGUUGCUCUUCAUUGUUUUAUUAUGGUUUAUUACCAGUUUUCUUGCAGUUAUUAAUGUUGUUACUGAUUAUUAUUCCUAUUACUGUUAUUACUUCUACUAGUACUCUUAGGUAAUCGCUAUUUUUACCGCUGGAAUUUGAUGUCAGUGGUGAAGUAUUCAUCUUGUAAACGCGACACAAGGCAUCAGCCGGUUUGGAAAGAUGUCACACGGCAAAGCAGAAAAAAAAAUGUCGGCGUUCAAACGUGUUUCGAGACACCGACAAAAAAGCAGACCCAGAAAUCGGUAGCGCCGAAGGAGGAAGCAGAGUGCCGUUACCCAGUCUGCUGCUAUCGCCCCGUUGCAUUAUGGGCCAUGGACUCCCGCCGCAUGCUCCAUUAGGGAGACACUCUUACAGCUCCACGUCGCCUCUGCCUGACGGGCUUUCGGGGCUGGGGGGGGGCUCCUUCUGCAUCGGCCCUCCAUAAAGCCAUUUUCCUUUCUUGCUCCAACCUUUGACCUGUACCAGUGCUUCGCAGUGUAAUCAGUUCCUAAACGUUCCUACAACGUUACUCCUCUGCUCCGUUGUGACCGUGUUGCGUCCUGAUCUGUCAGUUGUUGUAAUGCUGCGCGAUGUGUUUGGAGCAAGGGGAAAAAUGCCCCCUCCCCACACCUCUUUCCAAAUCCUGAAUGUAAAACGGUUGAGGUUUGUAUUAUUCUUUAUCGCUCUCUUGCUGUGCCUUGAAGAAGAAAGGAAAAAAAAGUCCUUUUGUUUGACAAUCCAGCAUGGCCUGAAAUAUGCUGCAUGGAAUGUAUUUACAGAGCCAGGAACUGGGGGAACAGUCACAUACACUAACACAUCCCUCCCCAUAUGUAAUAUUCAUCGGGGAUGCUGCAGAAUCCACUAACAUGAAGCAGCCAACCCCCCCCCCCCAUUCACCUUCAGAGGCAGUUCUGAAUCCCCCAUGGAUGGCAAGCAGGUGGCACUCUGCCACUCUCACACAAUGUGGUCUAGUGGGCAGGCUGUGGAUAGGCACAGCCCCCUUUCCAGCAGCCACGGUGUCCGUCUCAGUCGCCCGUCUCUCAGUAUGUAGCAUAGUGUGGGCUGUGCUGUAUACCAGCUCUUCAGAACUCGGAAGCUGCAGUGUACGCUGGUUUUCCUUCAGCCCUGAAUUUCCCUUAGCUCUAAGGCAGCAGGUGGUGUGGAAGUCAAGGACGUGGACCCAUAUGUGAGCAGUGCUUGGUUCACGGCCUUGCGCCUUCAGCGAGCAAAGUGACUGAAUCAGAAUUCAAGAUCUUUAUUGGCCAUCUGCAGCAGGUGCACUGGAAUGCUUGAUCAAUCAGCCACACUCAGUUACAAAGAGACUAAAGAUGCAAAACAAGUCAGACAGUGCAAAACAAUAAAAUAGUACCAUACAACACAGCACAGUCCAGCUGUUUGAGGAGGGAAAUGACUGAAAUGUGAACAGAUUACAUGGACCGUACAUCGCAUCUCCCAGUAAUUCACGUCUUUCAUGCGCCUAAUGAAACGUGUGUUCCCAUUCUGAUUAGGCACAACUUAAAACAGAAAAGAGGGGCAUGCAUUGGUGUCGGCUGAUAUAGUCUCUCUACAAUCACCACCAUUGUAUUAUGCGCAUGGGUACAGCAUCUGCGCAAGUGUGAUUGCCGUGGACAGGAAGAUUCACCGAGUAGUCGCCAUACCCACAAGGCAGUGCUUCUCACCGGAUAAUGAAUUUCGUGAUUGACAGCUACAAAACAUGAUAUCAAGUGGGGUUGCUUGGGUGUCCUUGUCGGCUUACAGUUUUUUUAUUGUUUUAUCUGAGUUUGUGGGUUCUAGGAUCUCUGUCAUCUUUGUAUUGAGUUCUUUUUUUUUCUUUCUUACUAGUGGGGAUUUAAAAACUAUAUCCUUAAUUCAGUGCGCAGUGCAAGUGAAUCUGAAACCAAGUCUGAUUUUCUACAAACGAGUGAAACCCCAAAACUGCCAAUUGCAUUAUGUUCACAUUCAUUUGCUGCCAUCCGAGAGAUUAAUAGCAGAAAGUGUUGAAAGCAUCAGGAACCGGAUUCUGGAGCAGAUGAGAGGAAUUUCACAGCAGAGACACGCGUCCCAACCCAAAUGUCUCCAUGGUUUCUGUUCCUGUGACUUGUUUUACGGACUUUAAAGUUUUGCGAUUCCUUCUCCAGUAUGGUUUUGAAUCCCUUCAUUUUGACAUCGGCCAGGAUGGUGGGUAGAAAAAAUAAAAUCUUUUUUUUAAGAUCAUCUUGUGGAAAUAUAUAUGCAAGAGAGAUGAAGUACGUGGACUGGAGUUUUUCAUUUUCAAGAUUUUCCCUCUAGAGUUCCAGUAACCCUGGCAAUGUAAAUAGGAACUGUGUCCAUAAAGUUAAAUCACAACAAUAUUUUACUAAUCCUGUGAUACCCCAUUCAUCUGUUGUCUUGGAUAUGCAAACAAUGAGUUUUCUGAAUAUAAUAAAUUCAAAGUGAAUACAA